ACCUAGACGACAGAGAGAGAGUGUGAGAGAAAACAGCCCCGGCAUCUGUGGCACGCGUCAGGGAUUUUUUUCCCCCCCUCCCAUAGUGAUGCUCAUUAUUUAACAUCACAAACGUUAUCAUUUUGUCCUGGCUUCUUCAUCAUCCUCAUCAUCAUCAUCAUCAUCAUCAUCGUGAUAUAGAACAGCUAUCGUCAAGCGGUCCCACCAUGUAUCUGGAGAACAAAAGCAACCUGGAGAUGGAGAUGUCCCAGGCAGCGGCCCAGGGCCAUCAGGGCAGGGGCAGCCUGAGGUCACCGGAGGCCGUGGCGGGGAACUUUGGGGAGCUCCGCCUGCUGCAGGACAUUUCCGAGAGGAUCGAGACGCAGAAGCUGCAGCAGUCUGCGGCGCUGCCCUCGGGCCAGUGCGUCAUCCACACAGAGGGCUUUGUCCCAGUUCGACAAGAGGAUGGGCACAAUUUCAGCGUGGUUAACAUUCUCAGAGGAAAAACGAACUCAGCCAACCACACAGAGAGGUCGCCUCUGCUGAGGUUCUCUCAAGAUGACAGCACAACCUACAUGACCCUGCACAACCCCGGCUUCGUCGGCGGGGACGAGCCCUGGGACAACAGCUCCCUGGACCUGGAGAGGAGGUAUCGACUGGGCAGCGAGGUCACCAGCCUGUCACUGUCCCGCUCCAGCUCCUCGGAGAAGAGCGACCCCCUGGAAAACCUCAACAUAAACUUCAGACUCACCAGUAGUAUGAGAUGCUGCUUCAAAGUCUCCAAAAUCGCCAUCAUCUUCACCAUCGUCGUCCUGUGCAGUCUGUUCUUCAGCAUGUAUCCGGAUCGAGACAACCCCUGGAGGAUGCUGGCCGUCUCCCCCACGGACAGCUUCUCAAUGAACCUGACGGAUUUCCGGGACAACGCCUUGCUGAAGCUGCAGCUGGGGGGGCCUUUCACGCGCGGGGCCGUCGACCUCGCCAGCCAGGAGUACCUCCUGGUCCAGGUGGAGCAGAGCGAGCAGCCGGGACAGCGGCGGAGGAGGACUCAGCAGGUGAUCCACAACUGGACCAUUCCUGUGCACGGCGAGCGGAGCGACCAGAUGCUGGUGACGAAGACCUUUGAGAUGCUCAGCAGUGACCCCAUCGUCAUCACGAUCCAGGCCUUCCUGCGCGAUGAUGAGGUGGUGCCGCUGUCCAUGACCCACCAGUCGCUCUACGUCACCGUGGAGACGCAGGUGGCCAUCGCUGGAGUCAUCCUGGCUGGGGUCUACGUUCUCAUCAUCUUUGAGAUUGUGCAUCGCACUCUGGCCGCCUUGCUGGGAUCUUUUGCAGCCCUGGCUGCUCUGGCUAUCAUUGGUGACCGACCCAGUCUGGUCACUGUGGUGGAGUGGAUCGAUUAUGAGACGCUGGCUCUGCUGUUUGGCAUGAUGGUACUGGUGGCCAUUUUUUCGGAUACGGGCUUCUUUGAUUAUUGUGCUGUGAAGGCCUACCAGUUAUCCAGAGGAAGAGUGUGGCCCAUGAUCAUCAUCCUCUGUCUCAUCGCCGCCAUUCUCUCUGCCUUCCUGGACAACGUGACCACCAUGAUGCUUUUCACCCCUGUCACCAUAAGGUUGUGCGAGGUGCUUAAUCUAGACCCCAGACAUGUCCUGAUUGCCGAAGUAAUCUUCACCAACAUCGGAGGGGCCGCCACAGCUGUCGGGGACCCACCAAAUGUGAUCAUUGUGUCAAAUCAGGACCUGCACAAAGAAGGGAUCGAUUUCGCCAGUUUCACAGGCUACAUGUUCCUUGGAAUAAUCCUCGUCCUUCUCACCUCGUUCCCCUUCCUGCGGAUGCUCUACUGGAACAAAAAACUCUACAACAAGGAGUCAAUCGAAAUUGUUGAACUCAAGCACGAGAUCCUGGUUUGGAAGCAAACAGCUCAGCGCAUCAACCCCGCCAGCCGAGAGGAGACAGCUGUGAAGUGCCUCCUGAUGCAGAAAGUCCUCAACCUGGAAAAUCUUCUCCGCAAGAUGAUGAAAACCUUCCAACGAGAAAUUUCUCAGGAGGAUAAGAACUGGGAGCAAAACAUUCAAGAGUUGCAGAAGGAGCACAGAAUAACUGACAAAGUUCUCCUGGUGAAGUGCGUGUCCGUCCUUGGCGUGGUGAUCUUCAUGUUCUUCCUCAACUCCUUUGUUCCCAGCAUUCAUCUGGAGCUCGGUUGGAUUGCAAUCCUGGGUUCACUGUGGCUUUUGGUUCUGGCCGACAUCCAGGAUUUCGAGAUCAUCUUGCACCGGGUGGAGUGGGCCACAUUACUCUUCUUUGCUGGACUUUUCGUUUUGAUGGAGGCUUUAGCCCAGCUACAGCUUAUCGACUACAUCGGAGAACAGACAGCGCUGCUCAUAAAAGCGGUGCCAGAAGACCAGCGCUUGGCCAUAGCCAUCAUCCUGGUGAUGUGGGUGUCGGCUCUGGCGUCUUCCCUCAUUGACAACAUUCCCUUCACUGCCACCAUGAUUCCAGUUCUCAUCAACUUGAGUCAGGAUGCAGAUGUGAACCUGCCAAUAAAACCUCUCAUCUACGCUCUGGCUAUGGGAGCCUGUCUUGGGGGAAAUGGUACACUGAUAGGAGCGUCAGCCAACGUUGUGUGUGCAGGAAUUGCUGAGCAACAUGGCUACGGCUUUUCCUUUAUGGAGUUCUUCAGGUUAGGAUUCCCCAUGAUGAUAAUGACGUGUAUGAUUGCCAUGUGCUACCUGCUGGCGACCCACAUCGGACUCGGAUGGAACAUGUAAUCCACACCUGUUGUACAGAGCCAAAGAGACCUUGUGUGUGUGUGUGUGUGUGUGUGUGUGUGUGUGUGUGUGUGUGUGUGUGUGUGUGUGUGUGUGUGUGUGUGUGUGUGUGUGUGUGUGUGUGUGUGUGUGUGUGUGUGUGUGUGUGUGUGUGUGUGUGUGUGUGUGUGUGUGUGUGUGUGUGUGUGUGUGUGUGUGUGUGUGUGCGCGCGCGCGCGCCAGAGGCAGCCUUAAAAAUCCUGGGGCCUGUUUCAAAAGCCAAUGUGGAGCCUUGCCUCCAUGAAUAUUUAAAAGAGAAAAAUAUGCAAGGAUUCCAGUUUACUUGCAUUAAUAAUGGUAUAUUUUCAGAUUUAAAAGCAUUAUGUUCUCUUUCAGCACCACGGACAACUCAACAUAGAGGUUAGAAAUGAUCCAAACAAAUCUUUUUAAAGCAUCACUAUGCGACUAUUCUACCUUCGUAUCAAAUUUAUUUGAUGGUAUGCUGAGUUGUAAUAGGGAGAAGGGAGCCUCUUUCAUUCCCUCGCCGCGCCGCCCUUGUUUUCCUGCUGACUUUACGUAAAAAACGUAUUAAAAACAUAAAAAAUACAGGUCUGUAAAGUAUUCCCCUGUGGUCCCACAGUCCAAAUGGGCCAUGCCACCACAUCUGCAGUAUCUAUGGAACAGUAAAUCCUGUCAGUCGUUAAAAGUUGCAGAGUUUUCUACAUGGCUUCUACAGCCUAGUUUAGACAGUGAAUGAGUGUGUUGGCAACAUACACGUAAACCGUGAAUACAUGUGUUUAAGUUAAUUCCCCAAUAUACCAUUUGAUAUAAGCUAGUCCUAGUUAGCCUGUAUGUACGUUUUUGUCAGAAUCAGAAUAAUGGCUUAAUAAAAAAUUGGAUUUUCUUUUAUUUAUUGGAUUAUCAGAUCACAUAUAGGGAAUUUGACUUUGUACAAAAUAAGCUAGAUAAGAUAUAGCCACAGACAGAGAAAAACAGGAUACCAUUGAAAAGUAAUAACUUCAUAACCACGCUGGCAAGUGACUGGCAUUUUAACAGAACUACUUCUGAAACGUAAGAAUCACACAGCGGGAGUCAGGAAGAUUCAGGCAGCAACAGGGACAUUGAUGACUUGACAGGACGGGCACAUUAUACAUGAGGGGGCCAUCGAAGGGGAGAAAGAGACCACCGUGCCCCCCACAGCUUCAGUGUCAGGUGGAGGAGACUCCUAGAGUUGACUCGACACGGUGGACUCCAUAACCUGUGUCCGUUGUUCUGAAGUGGCCUGUUCAAUUUGAUCAUGUGAUGUUCUCACUGUGAAAUAACAAAUUCCUGCUCUGUGUUACAUUGGCUCUUCUCCGAGAUGCCAAGUGUAUAUAUACAGUAUAUAUAUAUAUAUAUAUUUUUAUCAAAAAGAAAGGGGGUGAAUUAUUCGGUUCUUGCCAGUCAUUUGCCUGUUAAAGCUAAGGCUGCCAAUGUUUGUUUCUUUACACGUGUGCAUGCGACCGCCCCCCUCCAUGCACUUAGUGCUCACUGUAAUAUGAUGUGUAAGCGGAUUAAUUGAUCAGAUUAUAGGCACUGUUUGAAGAGUUGUAGCCAUAUUGUAUUUUCUACAUAUGCCAAAGUGUCCUUGAGUAAAGUGCAGACCAUCAGGGACCAGACGCGCCGCAAAUUUGUCAUGCGGCGAGCUUGCUGUACAUACAGAGUCAGGCGCCCGCAAAUGGUGCGAAUGUCGCGACUGGAAGAAUUCGCUUCACGUUUGGUGUGAACGCACUUUUACAGAGGUGCCACUCCACACUGCUGAACAUGGUGCUACUGCCUCAGAGGGUCCGACUGGUGUCAGUGACCCAGUCGCCUCUGACGUCAGACUGUUCGUUCUCUUCGGGACUCACGUGCUCUGUUCACAACGGCAGCUCACGUCUUCCUUCGACGAGCGCCACGCCGAUUUGCUCUCAGAGACGUGGGGCACUGUCACGAUUGGUUCACCCACGGUUUACCAAAUUAAUGUUAAUAUUUUAAAAGAACCACACGACCCAGUGAAAGGGAUUUUGUACUGGAUUUUGUUUGAAUAUUUCUUUGUUGGAUUCAGAAAUCUCUGGUCUGAGCUGAAUCUGAAAAACAAAAAUCAGCAUUGAGUAAAUUUGACAAUGACUGAUUAUUUCAUUACAGAUCAAAUAAAACUGGUGCAGACUAUUAUCUCAACUCUGUAUACUAUGUAUUGUACUGUGAACACAAUGAUCUCAUGUAACGUCAUCGAUUUAGUUCACGCAACUGUAAUUGAAGAAGCAGCUUAAGUCUUAAUAGUCUUAAUGUGAAAUGAGCAACAACUUUGUACCCUGUCCAGUGAAACUGUUGCCUGUAUUUAUCGAGCAGCCCAGCAACCCCAAUGUCAUCUCAACCUCCGGAAACAGUCAGACGGAGAUGGACGUGAAUAAAGUUUGUGAU